CCAAACUCUUAGUCCGGACCUAGAGUCCGAGGCCCAGCAAAGCAAAACCGACCUUUUGGUUUGACUGCCCGCUCCUCCUCCAUGUAUAAACACGUACAUCUAACGCACCUUCGGAGUACUCGCUUAGCUGAUCGCCUUUUCUUUCUUACGAUUCCGAUUUCUCAUUCUUUUUGUUUUAAAUUGCAUCUCUUUCAAAGAGAUUUUUGGUUAUAUAUUAUAAAUAAAAUUAAUCAAUUCUACUCCCAAGAAUUUACUUAAAUCCCAGUCCGCGCAUGUUUUUCUUUUCUUUUUAUGCCAGCGAUCGGCGAAAAUGGCAGAGGUAAUUGCUAAGCUCGAGCGGUGUCAUACUGGUCAAAGCAUGCAGAGAGCCUUAAGUUCAUGGCAUGUGACAAAGAAAAGAAAUCCCAUGAUAGUGCAAUGUGAAAAUAAAAGGAAGGGCAAUGCAGGGCAAUUGUCAACAAAUCCAUCAAAGAAACGGAAGCUAAGUAAAGAAAUUGAGUUCUUAGAGGAUGAGAAAAUUCCUAAGAGGCAUUGGAAUGGAAUAGACAAGAAGAUAACUACUUCUUCAGUGGAAGAUAUAUUAGAUGAAUGGGACGAGGAAGCUGUUGCGUUUAUGAACAUUAAAUCACGGAGCAAAAGCAGAAAUUUGCACAGUGUGAUGAUAAAAGGAAGCCCUAAGGAGACUAAGAAGAAAAACUGUGAUCCCAUUGAUACCUCAUUGUGUUCUUCAUCAUCUUUGUUAUCAUCAUCUUCAGGCUCACCAAUUUCACAUUUGAAAAGUGAUAGUAGCGGCACUGAUAGAUGCACAAUGAAAAAUGUUAAGGCCAAAAGAAAAAAUUUCAAGUGUCAUCAGUGUAUGACUGAAAGGAGAACCGUUGUCCCAUGCAUGAAAUGUAAAGACAAAGUGUACUGUAUCCAUUGUGUCAGAAAAUGGUAUCCCAAUAUACCAGAAGAAGAAAUUGCAAAACAGUGCCCGUUUUGUUGUAGGAAUUGCAACUGCAGCAUCUGUUUGCACUCAAGUGGGUUAAUUAAGACAUCAAAGAGGGAUAUCACUGAUCAAGAAAAGAUUAAGCAUCUGGAACACUUGAUUGAGUCAAUGCUUCCCUUUCUGAAACAAAUUUGCAGAAUACAAAAGCAGGAGACAGAGGUUGAGGCUGACAUUCGAGGGUUGCUACCUUCUGCACUUGAAAUACCAGAGACUCUUUGUUGUAAUGACGAGCGUGUCUAUUGUAACCACUGUGCAACUUCAAUCUUUGACCUUCAUCGUAGCUGCCCAAAAUGUUCAUAUGAACUUUGUCUUAGUUGUUGUCAAGAAAUUCGGGAGGGAAGCCUUUCUAGCCGUGAUGACGUUGCACAUCAAUACAGGAACAGGGGUUACGAUUAUAUUCAUGGCGGAGACCCUUUACCAGAAUCUUAUCUUCAUGAAACAGCUAAGGAUCGGGCUAAGCAAUCAAUUCAGUGGAAGGCCAAUAAUGAUGGAAAUGUUACUUGUCCUCCAAAAGAAAUGGGUGGUUGUGGUGAUUGUAUAUUGGAGCUUAAACGAAUCCUUCCAAUGGGCUGGAUUUCAAAUUUAGAAGCAAAGGCUGGGGACAUGUUGAGCACCUGCAGAGCUAGGCAAGGAAUAUUGAAGCAUGAACGUGCUGUACCAGGAAGAGAGACGUUACAGAGGGUGGCUUCUAGAGAAGGGUCUAAUGACAAUUUCUUAUAUUCUCCAACUUCAAAUGACAAUCAAGAGGAAGAUCUUUGUCACUUUCAAAUGCACUGGGCUAAAGGUGAACCAGUUAUAGUUCGGAAUACUCUUGCAAAUUCAACUGGUUUAAGUUGGGAACCAAUGGUAAUGUGGCGUGCUUUAUGUGAAAAUGGGGAUUCAAAAAUUAGUUUGGAGAUGUCUGAAGUUAAGGCUAUUGAUUGUCUUGCUGGCUGUGAGGUGGAGAUAAAUACUCACCAAUUUUUCAAAGGUUAUAUUGAAGGGAGAAGGUAUGAUAACUUCUGGCCCGAGAUGCUAAAGUUAAAGGACUGGCCCCCAUCUAACAAGUUUGAGGAUCUUUUGCCUCGGCAUUGUGAUGAGUUUAUAAGUGCAUUGCCUUUUCAAGAAUACAGUGAUCCUAGGUCUGGUAUCAUCAACCUUGCUGUGAAGUUGCCACCAGGUGUCCUGAAUGUAGAUUUGGGCCCAAAAACAUAUAUUGCUUAUGGGAUUGCAGAGGAGCUUGGAAGAGGGGACUCCGUGACUAAGCUUCAUUGUGAUCUUUCAGAUGCGGUAAACAUUUUGACUCAUACUGCAGAUGUAGCCUUAAGUGGGGAGCAGCUUACUGCAAUGGAAAAGUUGAAGAUGAAGCAUAAGGCACAGGAUGAAAAGGAACAUUUAGAGAGAGAGAGAGUCCAUCUAAUUAAAGAAGGCCUUGAUGGAGAAAGGAGUGAUCCAAAAAAUAAGAUGGAUGUUGUGGAAAUCACUGACCAGAAAGAUAACUACUCGGAUAAUGUACUUGAUGUUUCCAGAGAUGAGCUUGGAGCUAGAAGUCCUGGCCCAUCCACCGGGGGAAAGGAGACAGGUGGUGCCCUGUGGGAUAUUUUUAGGAGGGAGGAUGUUCCGAAACUGGAAGCUUAUCUUAGGAAGCACUCUAAAGAAUUCAGGCAUACCUAUUGCUCCCCAGUUGAAGAGGUAAUCCAUCCAAUUCAUGACCAAUCAUUUUACCUAACUGUGGAGCACAAAAGGAGACUAAAGGAGGAAUUUGGAGUUGAACCGUGGACGUUUGAGCAAAACCUUGGAGAGGCUGUUUUUAUUCCUGCUGGAUGUCCACACCAAGUUAGAAAUCUGAAGUCAUGCACCAAAGUUGCCAUGGACUUCGUGUCUCCUGAGAAUAUCAAGGAGUGUCUCCGAUUAACUGAGGAGUUCCGCCAACUACCUAAGAACCAUAGAGCCAGAGAAGACAAACUUGAGAUCAAGAAAAUGAUAAUUUAUGGAAUAGAACGAGCUCUUAAAGAAUUAGCAGAACUGAUAUCAACUUCAAAUUGAGCCCUUUGAAAGCUUCUCCAACUGCAACAAUAGAACCGGCCUUUGUGUAGUUCGAGUAACAAAGACUAUCUGGGUUGGCUACUAGCUUUUGUAAAUUCAUGGAUACGAGCAAGUAUCUUUGUUUUGCCUCGGGGUUUAACUUUUGGAAUAUUCAAGCCUCGAGGCAGCCUCAGUUGGAAUUUUUCUGACACUUUUCAAUAAAUACUAUCAAUUCUCUCUUUUCCAUCCUUACUACUAUAACUAUUUAUUUACUGUUUCAUCAUUAUGUAGCCUGAUCUCUCUUGCGCAAUUGCUACAAUUGCAAAGCAUUGUAACUUAUAUCAAAUGAAUAGAAAUUGAAUCUGUCCAAAAUAUAAACGAAUAG